CGGGGCCCGGGCGAGCCCGUCCGCGGUCCCGGGCGCGUAGAAAGCGGAUGGGCGGGUUGCGGGGCCCGUUCGCCGUCCCGAGGCUCACCUUGAAGUCGUUGCCGCUGAGAUCUACGCCGCGCACGAACGGCAACACCCCGGCACGCUGACCAUGGCGGAGUUCUCCCAGAAUCGGGGCAAGCGGCGUGACAGCGAGGUGCUGGGCGGUGCUGUGGACUUCCUUCUGGCCAACGCGCGCCUGGUUCUGGGGGUGGGCGGAGCUGCUGUGCUGGGCAUUGCCACCCUGGCUGUGAAGCGGCUCAUCGACAGGGCCACCAGCCCUCGGGAUGAGGAUGACGCCAAGCGGGACUCCACGUGCCUGGAGGACAGCUGGCAGGAGCUGAGCCUGCUCAAGGCCACACCACGCCUCCAGCCCCAGCCGCGGCCCGCAGCCCUCAGCCAGCCCGUGCCACCCCCGGCCCCCUCACCCUCAGCCCCAGAGGGGCCCGCAGACGCAGAUCCCCCGACGUCGCCUCAGCUCUGCUCCCCAGCGCCGUCGGUGUGCCUGACGUUCCAGGAGAAGCUGCUGGCGUUCGAACGGGACCACGUGACCAUGCCAGCGGCCCACGUGGCUCUGGCCAAGCAGCUGGCCGGUGACAUUGCCCUGGAGCUGCAGGCCUACCUGCGGAACAAGUUCCCAGAACUGCCCUUCGGGGCACUCGUGCCUGGCGGGCCGCUCUACGACGGGCUGCAGGCGGGGCUCGCCGACCCCGUGCGUCUCCUGGUGCCCCUGGUGCUGGAGCCUGGCCUGUGGAGCCUGGUGCCUGGUGUGGACACCGUAGCCCAGGACCCUCGCUGCUGGGCCGUGCGCAGGACUCAGCUAGAGUUCCACCCCCGCGGGAGCAGCCCCUGGGACCGCUUCCUGGUGGGCGGCUACCUCUCCCCCCGGGUCCUGCUGGAGCUGCUCCGCAAGGCCCUGACCGCCUCCGUCAACUGGCCAGCCAUCGGCAGCCUCCUCGGGUGCCUGAUCCGGCCGCGCGUGGCCUCGGAGGAACUGCUGCUCGAGGUGCAGCACGAGUGUCUGGAGCUCCCCGUGGCUGUGCUCCUGUCCACUGCCGGCGCCCAGGCCGGAGACCUCCUGCUGGCCUGGCCCCUGGAGGGGCUGGCCAGCAACCUCUGGCUGCAGGACUGGUACCCGGCAGAGGCCGCCCAGCUGCGGGCCCUGGAUGAGCGCGACGCCGGGACCCGCCGGCGGCUGCUGCUGUUGCUCUGCGGCGUCUGUCGUGGCCACCCGGCGCUGGGGCGGCUGGGCCGCGGCCCCCUGACCCAGGUGGUUCUGCACCUGGGCGAGCAGGAAGCGGACUGGGCUGAGGAGGCCCUGGCGGAGCACUUCCUGCAGGCCCUGGAGUUGCUCGUCGGCAGCCUGGAGCGGGCCAGCCUGCCCUGCCACUUCAGCCGUGGUGUGAAUCUCCUGGACGGCCUGCGGGAAGAGGACAUCGACGACAUGGGCUGUGCGCUGUACUGGGGCCUGCAGGCCCCCGAAGGGCUGCUCUAGAGGCACGGGCCCAGGCGGACGCCUCCCUCCAGGGCGUCGAGAGCACCCUGCCCUUGCUUUUACCCCGAACGGGUCAGCGCGAGCUUGGGCGGCCCGCACUCGCACUCACCCCUCGGCCUGCGGUAGCCACAGUGAGUCCUGGGCAGGGGUAAGGUUGCCUCUGUUUUUCUGUCCCAAGGGUGAGUCACGCUUCCCUCGGGUGCAGGCUCCUCCAGGCUGCUGGUGCUGGGCGGUGGGCACGGCCUGUGGUCCCCCAGGAGCCGGAGUCGCCUGGAACCCUCGGGAUGCAGCUUUUGGCUGGCUGACAGGCUGGCGUUUUCCAUGCUGUGUGUCUGGUUUGCUCUCUAACGUGGGCCAGCGGGGGCUCACCUGGGGGAAGGCCCUUCUCCAGCUGGGGGAGCUGAGGGUGUGUGUGCUGCCCACCUGGCCCGGAGCUGAGGGUGUCCCCUGGCUGCUGCUGGGCCCAGCCCCCGCGGUGUUGGCACCAGCCGCACUCGCUGACUGCACUCUCCCUGAAGCUGGCUGGGUCGGGGGGAGGUUGUCUGCCUCCCCUCCCAGGUGUCUCUCCUCGCUCUGGUAUCCUUUCUGCUGAAGCAAAGCUAUGCCUCAAGAACUGUGAACUAGAAUAAAAAGGAAAGCUUCAAACGUC